AUGUUAGCGGUUCCUAUCUAUCUAUCUAUCUAUCUAUCUAUCUUAUACCUAUCUUUAUAUUAUCUCAAUUUAUUCAAACUAUCUAUCUGUAUUCUUAUCUCUCGCUCUCUCCCUCUCUAUUCAUAUCUAUCACUCUGUUCAUAUCUAUCACAGUCUGUUCAUAUCUAUCUAUCUAUCUAUCUAUCUAUCUAUCUAUCUCUUAUUUAUCUUUCUUUCUUAUUCUGUUCACAUCUAUCUAUCUAUCUAUCUAUCUAUCUAACAUCUAUCUAUCUAUUUUAUUCUGUUCACAUCUAUCUAUCUUUCUAUCUAUCUAUCUAUCUAUCUAUCUAUCUAUCUAUCUAUCUAAGUCUGUUCAUAUCUAAGUACUCUAUCUAUCUUUCUUAUUCUGUUCGCAUCUAUCUAUCUAUCUAUCUAUCUAUCUAUCUAUCUAUCUAUCUAUCUAUUUUAACCGAGUCUGUUUAUAUCUAUCUAUCCUUCAUCUUUCUGUUCAUAUCUAUGUAUCUAUCUUUCUUUUUUAUUCUGUUCGCAUCUAUCUAUCUAUCUAUCUAUCUAUCUAUCUAUCCUCUUUUAGCUUUUUUACAUUUUUAUAUACUUCGUCCUUAUUCGUUUUAUAAUGUUCAUAAUUUCUUUCUUUCUUUCUUUCUAUCUAUCUAUCUAUCUAUCUAUCUAUCUAUCUAUCUAUCUAUCCCAUCUGUUCAUAUCUAUCUAUCUAUCUAUCUAUCUAUCUAUCUAUCUAUCUUAACCGAGUGUGUUUAUAUAUAUAUAUCCUUCACCUUGUUCAUAACUAUCUAUCUAUCUAUGAAUUACAGCCUUUUCGUAUCUAUCUAUCUAUCUAUUACAGUUUUUUCAUAUCUAUCUAUCUAUCUAUCUAUCUAUCUAAACCGAAUCUGUUUAUAUCUAUCUAUCCUUGAUCCUGUUCAUAACUAUCUCUCUCCCUCUAUCUAUGAAUUACAGCCUUUUCCUAUCUAUCUAUCUAUCUAUGAAUUACAGCCUUUUCCUAUCUAUCUAUCUAUCUAUCUAUCUUAG